UUCUACCGGCAGGAUCCCCGCUCUCGGUCCCUUCCCCCUCGACUGUAGUGAUUGACAGUUGGCAGACGACUGCGGUACGCGCAGGAUCUAUGCGGCUGCGACCGUGUGUGUGAGUGGCUGACUUGACUGUCUGCCCCGGCUUCCCUCGGCGCAGUAGCAGAAGAACCGGAAAACAACAUCAUCCAAGCCAGAAGGGGGCACUUUGACACAUCCAUCCAUAUAUACAGAUGGUUUGACUGGCAGCAGCGACCUCGACUCCUUGCUAUUUCGCUUUAAGUGCGUGGGAUCUCCUUCAUCGUCGUCGUAUUGUCACACGCAGAGGCGGCAGCAAAUUACUGCUCUGUCGACCGGGCAAGACUUUCCUCCUCGUCGCGCGCGGAAUUUGGAGUUAUCAUCCAUCAGCGGGAGGAACAGAAGAAACAUUUCCGGGAAUACAAAGCAAUCCGUUGUGAGUCUGUGAUAUGCGAAUCAUGUGCUUGCCGUGUGUGGUGAUGUCAUGCAAGUGAUACACAUUUUUAUCACUUCAAGAUAAAAAUUCCGUCACUCGAAUGCACAGUGUUUCUCCAUCCGGUGACGGUAGUCUGCACUGAAGUAGUGUUCAAGUGUUGUGUGCCUGCGUGUUGUGCGGGUGGGUGCAAGAGCUGAGUCGUGUGUCAAAGUGGCCCAGCACGCGGAUUACGCCGGUGCUGUAGCCAGGGCAUUCAUGGCUCAACCACGGUAUGAUGAUGGCAUUCACACUUCCUACAUGGGCGACGCCCCACCCUCCAUGUACGACCCUCAUGUGGCCCAUCGGCCACUCCAGAACAUCGCUCACCACUCGCCACAUAUGAACCAUGGCAUGCAUCAGUACCACGCCGGCAAUCACGUUGCCCCCGUAUCCAAUCAUGUCAUGGGCCCCGUGACAGACGUCCACAAGCGGGACAAGGAUGCGAUCUACGGCCAUCCUUUGUUCCCGUUGCUGGCCUUAAUCUUCGAGAAGUGCGAGCUGGCGACUUGCACUCCCCGGGAGCCAGGAGUUGCGGGAGGGGAUGUCUGCUCCUCGGAGUCCUUCAACGAGGACAUCGCAGUCUUCUCCAAACAAAUUCGGCAAGAGAAGCCGUAUUACAUAGCUGACCCCGAAGUGGAUUCGCUUAUGGUUCAAGCGAUCCAGGUGCUUCGGUUCCAUCUGUUAGAAUUGGAGAAGGUUCACGAAUUAUGCGACAACUUCUGUCAUCGGUACAUCAGUUGCUUGAAGGGCAAGAUGCCUAUUGACCUGGUAAUCGACGAGCGGGAGUCGACUAAACCUCCCGAGCUCACCGGCUCCACCAAUGGUAACGACGGCGCACGCAGCAACGCCGACUCGACGUCACACACGGACGGUGCCAGCACCCCGGACGUGAGGCCUCCUUCCUCGUCUCUGUCAUAUCCCGGCCCCGGUAACGACGAUGUGCGAUCUCCGGGGUCUGGGGGCACACCGGGCCCCCUCUCGCAGCAGCCCAGUUCCCAACAGAGCGUCGACAACAGCGAUCCAGUGUACGGAAACGGCCUACACUUGAUAUCUCACGAGCAGUAUUAUUGGAACUCCCUCGCAACAGACGCUCUAGGGAAGUGGUGCCCGACGCGGCGGGAAUGGCCCUCGCCAGCGGACGCGCGAGCGGCGGCGAACGACACCCGCAGGGGCGUCUUGUAUUCGUCCGUCUUCCUGGGCAGCCCCGGUGAGUACAAUGGUGACGCGAGCAACGCUAGUAUCGGUAGUGGCGAGGGCACGGGGGAGGAAGAUGAUGAUACAAACGGAAAGAAAAAUCAGAAGAAACGCGGCAUAUUUCCUAAAGUGGCCACCAACAUCCUGAGAGCGUGGUUGUUCCAGCAUUUAACGCAUCCGUACCCUUCGGAGGACCAAAAGAAACAGCUGGCGCAGGACACGGGUCUAACGAUUCUUCAAGUCAACAACUGGUUCAUCAACGCGAGGCGGCGGAUCGUACAACCUCUUAUAGACCAAUCAAAUCGAGCAGGUGCGAGCGUCUUUUCCCCGCAUGCAGGUCCAAGUGGAGCAUACAGCCCUGACGGAGCCUCCAUGGGGUACAUGAUGGAUGGGCAGGCACAAAUGAUGCACCGACCGCCUGGUGAUCCUAGCUUCCACAACGAGUAUCACUACCCACAAUACUAUGGACACCUGUAGUACCUCCCGUCGCCACCAACAGUUGUCCCAAACGAGUUUCUUCAAGAAGACAUCUAGUUGGCGUCCGUGUCGCUCAUCUGUGCACUUCUAGUGACGUCAUUUCCAGUUUGUCCCGUGAGUUGUCGUUAUCACCAUUUCUCCGGUAAGCCAGAAGUAUUGUGAGGACUCGGUCGGC